AUGCGAGUGGCGAUUAUAACAGUCAGUGACCGCUGCAGUGAGGGUACUGCCAUCGACAAAAGCGGCCCAAAACUUGUGGAGUUGAUCAAUGCGUCCGAAAAAGUAAAACAUGCGACGGUCACCGGUACUACCGUAAUACCCGACGAGCGCGAAAAAAUCAGCCAUGCCAUCCGCGAGCUUUGCGGCUCAAACGCUUCAGAUGUGGUCAUCACAACCGGUGGAACAGGAUGGGCAGUACGUGACGUUACUCCUGAGGCGACGAAUGACGUCAUCGAGAGAAGAUGCGGAGGCCUAGAAACAGCGCUUCACUUGCGCUCACUACAGGCAACCCCAUUUGCUGCUUUAUCCCGCCUGACCGCCGGGAUUCGUGGCCAGACCUUGAUUGUUAACUUUCCGGGGAGUACCAAAGCUGUUCAGGAAUGCUGGGAAGUACUUGAACCGCUUCUCAACCACGGCAUCGGCCUCUUGUGUGGCGCUGACCAAACGACCGUCCACGAAAAGAUACAAGGACAA